GGCUCGCGGAGCAUGGCUGCCCUGAACAACGCGGUCAGGCACGCCACCGACGGUUUCAUCGGUAUCCUGGACAUGUUCGGUUUCGAGGAUCCAAAGCCGAGCCAACUGGAGCACCUUUGCAUAAACCUGUGCGCCGAGACGAUGCAGCACUUUUACAACACCCACAUAUUCAAAAGCUCGAUCGAGAGCUGCAGGGACGAGGGCAUCAGGUGCGACGUCGAGGUCGAUUACGUCGACAACGUCCCUUGCAUCGAUCUCAUAUCAUCCCUGCGCACGGGCCUACUGAGCAUGCUGGACGCCGAGUGCUCGAUCAGGGGCACGGCCGAGAGCUACGUCGCCAAGGUCAAGCUGCAGCACAAGCAAAACCCCCGGCUGUACGAGUCGCGCGCCCUCGACGGCCGAUCCUUCGGCAUACAGCACUUUGCCGGCCGGGUCACCUACGACACCUCCGACUUUCUCGACACGAACAAGGAUGUCGUUCCGGACGAUCUGGUGGCCGUAUUUUACAAACACUCGUGCACCUUUGGUUUCGCGACUCACCUGUUUGGGAGCGAGCUGAAGGCUCUCUACGCCAGCGAAACAGUGCCCAGGGGAGUUAGUUUUCGUAUAUCGCCAACCUCCCACACGGAUCUACUGAACGGUGACGAACCCAUUUCCACGCUGACUCAGGAUUUUCACACGCGACUCGACAACCUGCUGAGGACCCUGGUGCACGCGAGGCCACAUUUCGUCAGAUGCGUAAGGAGCAACGCGUCCGAAACACCCAUGCAAUUCAACCGGAACGUGGCCAUGCGACAGAUUAGAUCGCUCCAAGUACUCGAGACUGUCAAUCUCAUGGCUGGCGGCUACCCCCAUCGGAUGCGCUUCAAGGCGUUCAACGCGCGCUACCGACUGAUAGCGCCGUUCAAGCAGUUGCGCCGCAGCGAGGAGCAAGCGAUCGAGGACACAAAGCUGAUCCUCCAAAACGCACAACAGCUAAAGAGCAGCUUCAACGCGAGUACGAGCUGGGCCCUCGGCAAGCGGCACAUCUUCCUCAGCGAGGGCAUCAGGCAGCAGCUCGAGAGCCUGCGCUCCGACAUACGCAGGCGGGCCGCCACCGACAUACAGGCAAAUUGGCGCGGCUGGCGAAUCCGUCGGAGAUGGACGCUGCGCCGCUCAAACUUGACACUGGGUAGUGGCGGUCAGCUUUUGCAAGCUGCCCCGGCGGUGGCGGCGCUUCCGACCACGGGGACGCUGCCGCGGAGCGGCGUCAGGCCCAGGCCUCAGCCGAUAGCCGGCACGCCACCGCCCGACCCGUCCGACAAGUGCGCCGACCCGCAGAUGAUCCAGCAGACCUGCACCCUCUUUGGCCUCGAUCUCGAACGACCACCUCCGCUGCCGCCUAGCAGAUCGUACACGGUGACCGGCAACACGAAGCUCGGGUAUCCGCAGACGCGGGUAAUGAAGAAACCUUUUCCAGAAGAGGGCGAGGGUGAGGUCGUCUUGCUCAAGGGUGAGGCAGUCCUGGUGAUCGGGGCGUCGCCGAGGCGCGGCCAUCUGCUCGUCGAGCACAACAAUAUUACUCUGCACGUGCCCUAUCAAUUCAUGGAGCUCAAGCCGUGCAACAUCAACGUCUGAAACUCUGCCGAAUUACUUUGUUUAACGAGAAUUUUUUUUUUUUUUUUUUCCCUCUAAA